CAGUAGAGUUCACUGAACCGUCGCGAAGAGACGUUUCCGCCCACAAGAAAGAUGGCGGCUCCCUUGCUGGAGAAUCUGUCGGAGUCCUUAGGUUCCCCGGAGCCAGCGGUUCGACUCAUUUUAUCUAUUUUAAUCGGGUAUCCCUGUGCUCUGGUGUACCGCCGGUUCUUGUUCUACCAGCCUGCCACAGUUAUACACUUGUUCCACGCGUUCUCUGGACUGGCUCUAGCAGCAUUCAACUUUGGCUCUCAGAUCUAUCACUCCGCAGUAUGCAUUCUUGUCCAAUUCCUGAUGCUGAGGCUCAUGGGAAGGACGGUAACAACUGUCCUGAGCAGCUUUACCUUUCAAAUGGUAUACCUGCUGGCAGGGUAUUACUACACAGCGACAGAGGAGUAUGACAUCAAGUGGACCAUGCCUCAUUGUGUCCUCACACUCAAACUUGUUGGUUUGUCAUUUGAUUACUAUGAUGGCGGGAAGGAACCAUCCCAGCUGAGUUUAGAGCAGAAGAACGCAGCCCUGCCGUUGGUGCCCUCUCUGCUCGAAGUGUGCGGCUUUUCCUACUUCUAUGGAGGCUUUCUGGUGGGGCCCCAGUUCACACUGCGCAGCUACCAGAGGCUGGUGGCAGGCGAGCUCACCGACUGCCCUGGAAAGCCUCCUAACAGUGUUAUACCCGCUAUGAAAAGGUUUGCUCUGGGUUUUCUCUGCCUGGUGAUAUAUGCAAUAUUUAGUCCCUAUUACACAGACAGCUACUUCUUAACAGAUGACUAUGAGGCUCAGCCCUUCUGGUAUCGCUGUGUGUUUAUUUUGCUUUGGGCUAAAGUCAUCUUGUAUAAAUAUGUCAGCUGUUGGGUUAUAGCGGAGGGUGUAUGUAUAUUAUCCGGACUAGGCUACAAUGGUGUAGUGGAUGGUGAGCACCAGUGGAACGCCUGUACCAAUAUGAAGGUGUGGGUCUUUGAAACCACGCCACUUUUUACAGGAACCAUCUCUUCCUUCAACAUCAACACAAACGCCUGGGCUGCCAGAAAUGUCUUCAAACGGUUGAAGUUCCUGGGAAAUAAGACCCUGUCUCAUGUGACCACACUCGUCUUUCUGACUAUUUGGCAUGGUCUUCACUCUGGAUACAUCCUGUGCUUCUCCAUGGAGUUCUUCAUCGUUACUGUAGAGAGACAGGCCCUGGCACUCGUGAGGGACAGUCCCUUGCUCACAAAGCUGGCCAACAGCACACUCUACCCCCUCAUCUAUGUAGUCCAGCAGUUUUUCCACUGGCUCUUCAUGGGCUACCCCCUAGUGCCAUUCUGCCUCUUCACCUAUGACAAAUGGCUCAAGGUGUAUUCGUCAGUCUACUUCUGUGGUCACGUAUUCUUCCUCGUAGGUUUUUUAAUCAUACCAUACCUCCGUAAGGCGCUGGUGCCUAAGAAAGAACGGAGCCAGACAAAACAGGAUUAAAACUUGGUACUAAGACUCGGCAUGGUCCGUCUAAGGCUAAAUAUCUACUGAAGGGAACUAUGACUUUCAAGGAGCAGAAUGGAAAAUAUUUUAAGGCCUUUAGUAAUAUAUAUAUGUCCAUGUAAAAAUAAAUUUCUAUAUAUUUUUUUGUUUAAAA